CACUCGAGGCAAACCUUUCCUCCAGCCUCGCUCCUCGCCUCCCGGCUCUCCGGAGCAGGUGCGAGCCCACCCCUCGGUGCCAUCGCUCCCCGCUCCCCCUUCGCCCUCGCCGGCGCCGGAGAGAGCGAGACGCCGGAGCGGGGAGCGCAUAGCAACAGGGUGCGGGAUGAAGCAGCUCCGGCAGCAGCAGCUCCGCAAGCCAGUGCCACCAGACCUGCUGGUGAGCCCCAGCAGCCAGGACGGGGACCUGGGCUCGGAGUGCCCCGAGGACAGAGGCACCUGGACGGGGCGCUUGGAUUUCCUGCUCUCCUGCAUCGGCUACUGCGUGGGCCUCGGCAACGUCUGGAGGUUCCCCUACAGGGCUUACACCAACGGAGGAGGAGCUUUCUUGGUUCCUUACUUCAUCAUGCUGGCUAUCUGUGGGAUCCCCAUCUUCUUCAUGGAGCUGUCACUUGGCCAGUUCUCCAGCCUAGGGCCACUUGCAGUGUGGAAGAUCAGCCCUCUCUUUAAAGGCGUUGGCAUGGGCACGAUCCUCAUCGUCUCCCUGGUGGCCAUUUACUACAAUAUGAUCAUUGCUUACGUUCUCUUCUACCUCUUUGCAUCCCUCACAAGCGACUUGCCCUGGCAGCACUGUGGCAACUGGUGGAACACUGAGCUGUGCCUGGACCACCGCGUCAUCAGGGCGGGGAACAGCUCCCUCCCCAUCAACAUCAGCAACACCGUCAGCCCCAGCGAGGAGUACUGGAGCCGCUAUGUCCUGCACAUCCAGGGCAGCUCGGGGAUUGGGGAUCCUGGGAGCAUCCGCUGGAACCUGUGUCUGUGCCUGCUCCUGUCCUGGACUAUUGUUUAUCUGUGCAUCCUCAAGGGAGUCAAAUCCUCUGGCAAGGUCGUGUACUUCACUGCCACCUUCCCAUACCUCAUCCUGCUGAUGCUGCUCAUUCGUGGUGUGACCCUGGAGGGGGCCUGGAAGGGGAUCCAGUUUUACCUCACUCCCCAGUUUGAUCACUUGCUAUCUUCCAAGGUGUGGAUCGAGGCAGCCCUGCAGAUCUUCUACUCCCUCGGGGUGGGCUUUGGGGGCCUCCUCACCUUCGCCUCGUACAACACCUUCCAUCAGAAUAUCUACAGGGACACCUUCAUAGUGACCCUGGGCAAUGCCAUCACCAGCAUCCUGGCAGGGUUUGCCAUCUUCUCUGUUUUGGGAUACAUGUCCCAGGAGCUUGGGGUCCCUGUUAACCAGGUGGCAAAAGCAGGUCCUGGUCUGGCUUUUGUGGUGUACCCCCAGGCCAUGACAAUGCUCCCCCUUUCUCCAUUCUGGUCGUUCCUGUUCUUCUUCAUGCUGUUAACCUUGGGCCUGGACAGCCAGGUGAGGACAGAGCCCAGGGAGCCAGGCGUGCCCUCCAGGCAGCCUGGGGGCUCAGGGGACCCUCUCCUCCUGCAGUUUGCAUUCAUGGAGACCAUUGUCACAGCAGUGACCGAUGAGUUCCCCUACUACCUGCGGCCAAAGAAAGCUUCCUUCUCUGCCCUCAUCUGCCUCGCCCUCUUCCUCAUGGGGCUCAUCCUCACAACAGAGGGUGGGAUGUACUGGCUGGUGCUGCUGGAUGACUACAGUGCUGGCUUUGGGCUCAUGGUGGUGGUGAUCACCACCUGCCUUGUGGUGACACGUGUCUAUGGCAUGAAGAGGUUCUGCCGAGACAUCCACAUGAUGCUGGGAUUCAAACCAGGCCCCUACUUCAGAGCUUGCUGGAUGGUCCUGUCCCCAGCAACGAUGAUGGCUCUGCUGGUGUAUAACAUUGUCAAGUACCAGCCUUCUGAGUAUGGCAACUACCAAUUCCCCACCUGGGCAGAGGCCCUGGGCAUCCUCAUGGGUGUGCUGUCCUGCCUGAUGAUCCCCAUGGGCAUGGUGGUGGCUGUGCUCCAGGAAGAAGGGACGCUGUGGGAGCGGGUGCAGCAAGCCAGCCGGCCGGCCACGGGCUGGGGCCCGGCCCUGGAGGAGAACCGCAGCGGCGCCUACGUGGGCAGCCUGGCUGGCAGCCAGUCCCCCAAGCCCCUGAUGGUCCACAUGAGGAAAUACGGGGGCAUCACCAGCUACGAGAACACGGCCAUCGAGGUGGACCGGGAGAUGGAGGAGGAGGAAGAGGAGGAGUCCAUGAUUUGAGGGCGCCCGGCGUCCCGCAGGCUGGGUGGGAGCUCGCCUCCCAUUUUGCACAGGUUGCACUGCAGCACUUCAGGACAGCUUGGGGGGGUCUUUCAAGGAGUAGUCAGGAGCUGCUGACCCUGCCAGGUUCCCCAUCACCACCCUGGCCCUGCCAGGACAGAGCUGCUGCCUGUCCUGGUGCCCCGUUGUGUUUCUGUUCAGUGUGACAAACUGUGUGAUGAGUCUGUGUUUGUGUGACAGUGUCUGGUUGAAGUGUCACAGCUGUCCCACUCCCACCCGCAGCCCCAGCCCUGCUGUCCCCUCUCAGGGCUGUCCAGGGUGGAGGGAUGUCCAGCUGCAGGAGGUGGAGAGGACGAGACGGAGCUCCUGUGUGUUGAUCUGUUCUCUGUCUGUAUUUGACUCCAACAACCCAUAAACACAUGUGAGAGAAUCUGUACCAGCCUCCAUUCCCAGAGGACAGCUUGUGCCAGAGUCCCACAAAGGUAUUCCAACAAAACCAGCACAAAUCAGUGUCCUCCUAAAGCAAUUUGACCUAAUAAAUGAACAGUUAUAAACAAGUAGAAGAAUAAAA